AUGGGUAAAAUUUUACUGAUAUCAUGUCUCUUCGCGCUAGCCACUGCUGAUCCAUAUGAAUAUCCCCACACCUUGCCAGAUCGUCAAGUAAUGGUGCACUUGUUCGAGUGGAAAUGGAAGGAUAUCGCUGCAGAAUGCGAAAAUUUCUUACAGUAUUAUGGAUACGGAGCCGUACAGGUCUCACCACCUAUGGAGCACAUAACACUGAUUCAAAAUAAUGACAUGCCUUGGUGGGUCAGAUACCAGCCAGUCAGUUACAAACUUAUCUCACGUAGUGGUAACGAGGAAGAGUUCAAAGAUAUGGUUGACCGAUGUAACAAGGUUGGAGUAAGAAUCGUUGUCGAUACUGUCAUCAAUCACAUGACCGGAGUUGCACAGAAAAAAGGAGUCGCUACCAGAGGUAGCAGCGGCGGUUCAUUCUUUGAUGCAACGGAGGGCGUAGAAAACUUCCCAGAGGUGUGGACAAAGGGUUGA